CUGAGACCUCUCUCUCUCUCUCUCUCUCUCUCUCUCUCUCUCCGCCUGCCAAACCUUACUGCCCCUCUUAUCUGUAAAGCAACGGGAGAAGAGAAGGGAGAACGGAUCAGCGAGCUAUGGCGGAGGAGACGGGGUUGGGGUACGGCGGUGGUGGGGAGGCGGCGGAUGGGUCGGUCGGACUCGAGGCGGCGAUCCAGGCGCUGAACACCAUCAUCCAGCUCCACUUCGAGAAGAUCCUGGAGAAGAAGCGGGAGGUGGACGAGCAGAAGAAGGAGAUGUGGCGCCUCUUCCAGCUCUUCUUCCUUUUCCUGGCGGUGGUGCUCGCCGCCCAGCUGGGGGCGCCACCCGAGCGCCUCCAGUGCCGCCACUGCUGGGCCCCCAUCGGCCUCCUCUCCCUCGGCCACCUGGCCUUCUACGUCGCCGUCGCCCAGACCCUCCGCUGCAUCAACGGCUUCAAGUACCAGCGCCGCUGCCACAAGCUCACCCUGGCCCUCGCCACCGAUCGCCUCAAGCUCCUCAAGAUGCGCUUCUCCUCCUACUCCGCCGUCGCCGCGGGCGCCGACCCCCCGCCCGUGCUGCCGCGCGACUUCGAGAUCCAUUACCAGGAGCCGCCGGACAGCUACCUCGGCAAGUUCAAGCGCAGCUGGGCCAUGCAUUUCGGCUUCCUCAUGUGCACCUUCGGCGUCAUGGUCUCCGCCUCCGUCGUCCUCCUCUGCUUCUGAAAGCUUCCCAAAGCUUCCGCUGCCGCAGCGCAUCCCAUCCUUCUCCUGUUGCUGCCAGUGGCCCACAGUAGUUGACCCAUGCUACUUAGCAUGCUUGGUUGUAGACAUGUCAAGUGUUUAUGUAGAAAUUGUUUGAUUUA